AACAUCACAUGUUCCAACUCCACUUCACAUAUUUUCAUCCCAUCAUCAUCGUCACCAUCAUCUCAUGCACAACCCAUGUGGGGGCACAUCGCAUCAACCACGACCACCACAUAUACCAACCACAAGCGACGUCGUUUACCUCUCGCUUCUUCAACCCUACCACCGCGCCCAUGAUCCCGCGCCCACCCCCCAUAUGCUGACCAACGCCGCCGUCGCCGCCUCCUCCUGGCUCCGCCGCCGCCGGAUCCGCUACUUUUUCUUCUUCCUCUGCUCCCCGCUUCUCCUCCUUCUCCUCUGCGCCGCCCUCCCCUUCCUCUGCGCAGCCGAGCUCUGCCUCCGCCUCCGCCUCUGGGGGAAGCUCCUCCGCCGCGACUCCGCCGCCGCCGAUCGUCUCCGCCGCUGCGAGGAAGGGUUCUGCGAGGAGCAGCAGCGGGAGAAGGGCCUCUUGCAUCGGUACCUCGAAGAUCAACUUUUUCUCGUCGGAUCCAUGUACGAGUGCGGCGACGAUGACGAUAACGACGGCCACGAAGAAGUAGAAGCUUCUAGAAGCGUUGAAGAUGUUGAAAGGAUAGGUAGUUCCACUGCUAGAAAGCCUCUCUUGAGAUGAUAUCACACAGUGAAACAAAGGAAAGAAAAAAAAUAAACUUUUUAUUUUUUA